CAUAGGGAAACCUUGCUUGGUGUGCAGCAUUAGAACUUGCUGUUAUUUUCUUCUGAAACUCGACUUUGUUUUAUCUAUAAUUCACAAUUUCCUUGUAGGACUUGAUCAAAUCACUUAACGUUGUUCGGCGAUCACAUUGCUUAUGCAUAAUUACCGACCCCAUCCAUAUGUUACGAUCCCCCCUGGAGCGAGUCCUUCCAGUCAACCCUAGCCCACAACAAGCAUACCCAUACGAAUUUGAACUCAGUGCACCAUCCGGAGACCUAUCUAAUCCAUGGGAUCGUACUCCUACAGCCCAAUAUCCGAAUCUCAGACCAGGUGAACCACGAUCGCGCAGUCGCGCUCGAAGUGCCUACGAACCAGUACACCCCGCUAUAUCUUUCCCUCAGCCGGAGAUACAUCGAUUCGCCUCUCAAAGAACGACCCUUCGCCCAAAUUCACCCCGCCACCGUCCCACCAAGUCUGAUGACGGUCAUGGCUCUCUGCCACAGAGUAGAGACUAUGCGACUAGUGCCCCCUUUACCCCGUUAACACCAGACUCGGCUUCAUCCAUGGAUUACCUUCCGGAAGACGAUUGGGACACGCAAGUAAAUCAGCUGACUCGGGAACUAUCCAAUGUUUCCCUUCAAUCCGAGGAGGGCUUAAGACGAUUUCAAGCCGGUCAAUUAGCAGAAAAGGAUGAAGAAUGGCACAGACUGGUUCCUCACGAGGCACAGGAAGCACUCGGUAAAAAAGAGGUCGAGCGGCAAUCAGUUCUGUUCGAGGUUUUCAAGUCAGAAAGAAACUACGUGGAAGAUCUCAAACUUGUGACGGAGGUUUUCAUCGAGCCUUUGAAGUUCGCCAACCCCCCUGUCAUCGCUCCCGACAAGUUACGUCCCUUUGUUCAAGAGGUAUUUUGGAAUUUGGAUCGGAUCUUAGUGCACCAUGAGCAUAUGCUGGCUGCGCUCUUUGAACGCCAAUUGGAUCAGCAUCCGCUAAUACAGAGCGUGACUGACAUUGUUCUUGAAACCUGUUUUCAGUUCCAAGGGGAGUACGAAUCCUACAUCAAACAUUAUCCACUUGCAGAAGAGCGGCACCGCACUGAACUUAGUCGCAAUAAAAACUAUCAAGCGUUCAUGCAACGAUGUUCUCAAGAUCCUCGGGUGCGCAAGCGCGAUAUGAUCACCUUCCUUUCCCGACCAGUGACUCGCCUCCCACGCCUGAAUCUGAUCCUCGAGCAUAUUCAGAAGAUCACGGAGCCAGGCCAUCCAGAUCUUGAAGACCUGCCGCUUCUGUUAAGCAUCUUGAGCGACUUCCUCAAGAGCACUCAACCUGGUAUUGCAGCUGCAGAGAAUAGAGUAAAAUAUUGGAAUGUCUGUGAAAGCUUAGUGAUGCCCAAGGGAGAAAUAAUUGAUUUGGAUUGGUAUGACGAAAGUCGGUCACUGGUGUACUCUGGCCCCCUCGCACGAAGGUCCAAGUCCGAAAUGGACUGGCAUCCAUGGAAUGAUCUAUUCGUUGCUCUACUCGAUAACUAUCUGUUGCUCACUAAAGAGGAGCAAGGGGCGGGAGGAAUAAUGAAGCGCUACAUUAUGUCUAGACCUAUACCCUUAGAAUAUCUCAAACUAGGAAGCUUCGAAGCACAGCCAGAAAGUAGGAAGGAACGGUCUGAGGAAGGAGGGAUCUUGGACAGCUUACGCGCGCAAUACAAAUCUAUAUAUCCAUUCACUGUUUAUCAUUCCGCAGACAAAUUGGUGCGGCGGUAUACUCUGUACGCGCCGACCGAGUCGGUGAGACAGAAGUGGCGGGAUGCCCUUGUUGAGGCCAAGGGAAUAGAUGAUGUGCGACGAGAUGCAAACAAGUGGUUUGCACCGCAACUUGUUGAUGAUGGCACUUUCCGGUCACCAGGAGCUCACACUUCCCGCGGCUUUGGAUCUCAAGCAUCAGGGAGGGUUGUCAAUGCUGUAUCUUUUACUGCUGCCGGCGGAAAGAAGCUCAUGGCGGUCGGCUGCGCAACUGGAAUAUAUGUUGGCUCAAAGGGCGAUAUCAACUUCCGCAGGAUAUUGUCGUACGGCAAUCCUUCCUCGAUCAUAGUGUUACAAGAAUUCAAUAAGUUCAUCGUGCAUCAUGAGAGCUAUCUGCUCGCCUAUUCCUUGGAUCUUCUCGCUAGAGUCGCAAUGUAUCAGGCCCCGCCAAGUAGCUUGGACGCUUCAUUGGAGAAAAUUGCAGGGGGAGAUGGCACCGUCUUAUUCUGUUGUGCAGGACGCAUAAAACAGCGAACAAUCAUUGUUUAUGCUCUUAAAUCAUUCUUUCAAAUUACCGUGCAUGCAUUGGAGGCCUGCAACCUUUCUGACCUUCGCCGCACUCCGUCACGAGGAGGCUUUCAGGGUCCUAUAUCAUCAUUUAGACCGUUCGGCGAAGCAUUGUACGUGCCAAAAGAUGCCUACUCUGUUACCCCACUGGCCAAGACAAUUGCGAUAAGCACAGAGAAGGGUAUUGUGAUUGCUGAUCCUACCAACACAUCCAAACAGAUGGUCUCGGUUGUCCCGGACUUCAGCGGUGCAACUUCCAACACAGACAUGGCCAACCUGAAGACUCGCUGCGAGGAGUCUAAGCCCCUCGGCUUAAUUCGGACCGAAUCGGGCGAAAUAUUGGUCGUUUAUGACACUCUCGGAUGCUACAUCACGAAGCACGGCGUUCCCUCUCGGAAAGGCGGGUUUAUCCGCUGGGAGACGAAGGCUAUGUCUUUUGCCCAUCGCGGGUCUCACGUGCUGCUGUUCUCCUCUGAGUUCAUUGAAAUUCGGAGCCUCUCUACGGGCAGGCUUGACCAAGUCAUUGAAGGGAAUGACAUUCGCCUAUUGCUACACACGAACCUGAAAUCUUACCCGGUCGAUGACACGCUGCUCGUGGCGAUGCGUGGGACCAAGGACGACAAGGAUGGAGUCAGUGACAAGAUAAUAGAACUUGUUCAAACCGCAGAAUUCAGCUCUGCACAGACACCGAUGACGACCACGCCGAUGGAAGGUAUAUGGGAUGAGUGGGAUAUGUAAGCGACUGGUGUAUCGGUACUAGUGGAAGAGGAUA